UGUCGCCGCCGCCCCCCCCCCCCCCGCGGGGAUCCGCCCCCCGCCGCGGCCGGGCGGGCGGGGGGACAUGGCGGCCCACAAGCCGGUGGAGUGGGUGCAGGCCGUGGUGAACCGCUUCGACGAGCAGCUUCCCAUAAAGGCCAGCCAGCAGAAUACCCACACCAAAGUCAGCACAGAGCACAACAAGGAGUGUCUCAUCAACAUUUCCAAGUACAAGUUCUCUCUGGUCAUCAGUGGUCUCACUAAUAUCUUAAAAAAUGUUAAUAACAUGAGAAUAUUUGGAGAAACUGCUGAAAAGAACUUAUAUCUAUCUCAACUGAUUAUCUUGGAUACACUGGAAAAAUGUCUAGCAGGGCAACCGAAGGACACGAUGCGACUGGACGAGACUAUGCUGGUAAAACAGUUGCUGCCAGAAAUCUGCCACUUCAUCCACACUUACCGUGAAGGGAACCAGCAUGCAGCUGAACUGCGCAAUUCUGCCUCUGGGGUUCUUUUUUCUCUUAGCUGCAAUAACUUCAAUGCUGUGUUCAGCCGCAUUUCCACCAGAUUGCAGGAGCUGACUGUUUGUUCAGAAGAUAAUGCUGAUGUUCACGACAUUGAGCUUCUACAGUACAUCAGUGUGGAUUGUUCCAAGCUAAAACGACUCUUGCAAGAGACUGUAUUCAAGUUUAAAGCCCUUAAGAAAGUAGCUCAGUUAGCUGUUAUCAACAGUCUUGAAAAGGCAUUUUGGAACUGGGUGGAAAACUAUCCUGAUGAAUUCACAAAGCUGUAUCAGACUCCACAGACUGAUAUGGCCGAUUGUGCAGAGAAGUUGUUUGACUUAGUGGAUGGCUUUGCAGAGAGCACAAAACGUAAAGCAGCAGUGUGGCCACUACAAAUCAUACUCCUGGUCCUGUGUCCAGAGAUAAUUCAAGAUAUAGCAAAGGAUGUGGUAGAGGAAACUAAGAUGAACAAGAAACUGUUCCUGGACAAUCUCAGGAAAGCACUUGCAGGCCACAGUGGGAGCAGACAGCUGACUGAAAGUGCUGCUAUUGCUUGUGUUAAACUGUGCAAAGCGUCUACCUAUAUCAACUGGGAGGAUAAUUCUGUCAUUUUCCUACUAGUGCAGUCCAUGGUAGUAGAUCUUAAGAAUUUGCUGUUUAAUCCGAGCAAACCUUUUUCAAGAAGCAAUCAGAAUGCAGAUGUAGACCUUAUGAUUGACUGCUUAGUUUCAUGCUUCCGCAUAAACCCGCAUAAUAACCAGCACUUUAAGAUCUGCUUGGCACAGAGUUCCCCAUCAACAUUUCAUUAUGUACUAGUAAAUUCACUCCACCGAAUAAUCACAAAUUCUGCAUUGGACUGGUGGCCCAGGAUCGAUGCUGUGUACUGCCAUUCCGUGGAGCUUCGCAGCAUGUUUAGUGAGACACUUCACAAAGCGAUUCAGGGCUGUGGGGCACAUCCAGCAAUUCGCAUGACUCCGAGUCUUACGUUUAAAGAGAAAAUGACAAGCCUUAAAUUUAAAGAAAAGCCUACUGACUUGGAAACCAAAAGCUACAAGUUCCUGCUCUUAUCCUUGGUAAAACUGAUCCAUGCUGAUCCAAAGCUUUUGCUGUGUAAUCCAAGGAAGCAAGGGCCUGAGACACAAGGCAGCACUGCUGAAUUAAUUACAGGCCUUGUACAACUCGUUCCACAGUCCAGUAUGCCAGAUAUAGCACAAGAAGCCAUGGAGGCCUUGCUAGUUCUUCACCAGUUAGACAGCAUUGACUUAUGGAAUCCUGAUGCACCUAUAGAAACAUUCUGGGAAAUUAGUUCACAAAUGCUUUUUUAUAUCUGCAAGAAAUUAACCAGUCAUCAGAUGCUCAGCAGUACAGAAAUCCUCAAGUGGCUGCGAGAGAUUCUCAUCUGUAGGAAUAAAUUCCUUCUAAAAAAUAAACAAUCAGACAGAACUUCCUGUCACUUCCUCUUCCUGUAUGAUGUCUCUGGAGGUGGAACCAGUCAGAUGUCUCUUGACCAUGAAGAGAUGAUGCGCUGUGCUCCUGGAGCCACCCUCAGGAAAGGGAAAGGAAAUUCUUCCAUGGAAAGUACAGCAGGAUGCAGUGGAACACCUAUUUGUCGCCAGGCCCAAACAAAAUUGGAAGUCGCCUUAUACAUGUUUUUGUGGAGUCCGGAUAUUGAGGCAGUCCUUGUUGCAAUGUCCUGUUUCCGUCACCUCUGUGAGGAAGCAGAUAUCAGAUGUGGAGUAGAUGAAGUUUCAGUUCAUAAUUUUUUGCCAAACUACAACACUUUCAUGGAGUUUGCAUCUGUUAGCAAUAUGAUGUCAACAGGGAGAGCAGCUCUUCAGAAAAGAGUGAUGGCUUUAUUAAGACGUAUUGAACAUCCAACUGCAGGGAACACAGAGGCUUGGGAGGAUACACAUGCAAAAUGGGAACAAGCUACAAAACUAAUCCUUAACUAUCCGAAGACCAAAAUGGAAGAUGGGCAGGUUACUGAGAGUCUUCAUAAGACAAUUGUGAAGAGGCGAAUGUCGCAUGUUAGUGGGGGAGGCUCCAUAGACUUGUCUGACACAGAUUCUCUUCAGGAAUGGAUCAACAUGACGGGAUUCCUCUGUGCCCUCGGAGGAGUGUGCCUGCAGCAUCGCAGCAAUGCAGGAUUAGCAACCUACAGUCCACCCAUGGGCCCAGUCAAUGAGCGUAAGGGCUCCAUGAUAUCUAUGGUAUCCACUGAGGGAAACGCAGAGACUCCCGUUAGCAAAUUCAUAGAUCGAUUAUUGACUCUGAUGGUGUGUAACCAUGAGAAGGUGGGACUGCAAAUACGGACUAAUAUUAAAGAUCUGGUGGGUUUGGAGUUGAGUCCAGCACUUUAUCCAAUGCUAUUUAACAAAUUGAAGAAUACCAUCAGCAAGUUUUUUGAUUCUCAAGGACAGGUUUUGUUAACUGAGACCAACACACAAUUUGUAGAACAAACCAUUGCUAUAAUGAAGAACUUGCUUGACAAUCAUACAGAAGGGAGCUCAGAACAUCUUGGACAAGCUAGUAUUGAGACAAUGAUGCUAAACCUGGUUAGGUAUGUGCGUGUGCUUGGAAACUUGGUACAUGCGAUUCAAAUAAAAACCAAGCUCUGUCAGUUGGUGGAAGUAAUGAUGGAGCGGAGAGAUGACCUUUCAUUCUGCCAAGAAAUGAAAUUUAGGAACAAAAUGGUGGAGUAUUUGACAGACUGGGUUAUGGGAACGUCUAAUCAAGCAACGGAUGAAGAUGUGAAGUGUUUGACAAGAGAUUUGGACCAAGCAAGUAUGGAAGCAGUGGUCUCUCUUCUCGCUGGGCUUCCAUUGCAGCCUGAAGAAGGAGAUGGUGUUGAGUUGAUGGAAGCCAAAUCUCAGUUAUUUCUUAAGUAUUUCACACUGUUUAUGAACCUUCUGAAUGACUGUAGUGAAGUUGAAGAUGAAAGUGCUCAAACAGGUGGCAGGAAACGUGGGAUGUCCCGCAGACUGGCUUCGCUCCGGCACUGCACUGUUCUUGCCAUGUCAAACUUACUCAAUGCAAAUGUGGACAGUGGCCUUAUGCAUUCAAUAGGCUUGGGCUAUCAUAAAGACCUCCAGACAAGAGCUACGUUUAUGGAAGUCCUCACCAAAAUUCUACAGCAGGGAACAGAAUUUGAUACGUUAGCAGAAACAGUGCUGGCAGAUCGGUUUGAGAGGCUGGUGGAGUUGGUUACGAUGAUGGGUGAUCAGGGAGAGCUUCCUAUUGCUAUGGCUUUAGCGAACGUGGUGCCUUGUUCUCAGUGGGAUGAGCUAGCUCGUGUUCUGGUCACACUCUUUGAUUCCCGGCACUUGCUCUACCAGCUACUUUGGAACAUGUUUUCAAAGGAGGUUGAGCUAGCAGAUUCCAUGCAGACACUCUUCCGAGGAAACAGCUUAGCUAGUAAAAUAAUGACUUUUUGUUUUAAGGUAUAUGGUGCUACUUAUUUGCAGAAGCUUUUGGAACCUUUAUUAAGAACAGUGAUCACAUCCUCUGAAUGGCAGCACGUCAGCUUUGAGGUGGAUCCUACAAGGCUGGAGCCUACAGAAAGCCUUGAAGAGAACCAGCGGAGUCUCUUGCAAAUGACAGAAAAAUUUUUUCAUGCAAUCAUUAAUUCUUCUUCGGAAUUCCCUCCACAACUUCGCAGUGUGUGCCAUUGUUUGUACCAGGCAACUUGCCACUCUCUACUGAAUAAAGCUACCGUAAAAGAAAAAAAGGAAAACAAAAAAUCAGUUGUUAGUCAGCGAUUUCCUCAGAACAGCAUUGGGGCGGUUGGAAGCGCCAUGUUCCUGCGGUUCAUCAACCCUGCGAUCGUCUCCCCGUACGAGGCAGGGAUUUUAGAUAAAAAGCCUCCGCCCAGAAUUGAGAGGGGACUGAAACUGAUGUCAAAGAUACUUCAGAGUAUUGCCAACCAUGUCCUGUUUACAAAAGAAGAACAUAUGAGGCCUUUUAACGACUUUGUAAAAAGCAAUUUUGAUGCAGCUCGAAGGUUCUUCCUUGAUAUUGCGUCCGAUUGCCCUGCGAGUGACACCGUCAAUCACAGCCUGUCCUUCAUCAGCGAUGGCAAUGUUCUUGCUUUGCACCGGUUGUUGUGGAACAAUCAGGAGAAAAUUGGCCAGUACCUUUCCAGUAAUAGGGACCACAAAGCUGUUGGAAGACGACCUUUUGACAAAAUGGCUACUCUUCUUGCCUAUCUGGGUCCACCUGAGCACAAACCUGUGGCAGAUACACAUUGGUCCAGUUUAAAUCUCACCAGUUCAAAAUUUGAAGAAUUUAUGACAAGGCAUCAGGUGCAUGAAAAAGAAGAGUUCAAAGCAUUGAAAACGUUAAAUAUUUUCUACCAGGCUGGGACAUCUAAAGCUGGCAAUCCUGUUUUCUACUACAUUGCUCGGCGUUUCAAGACUGGCCAGAUCAAUGGAGAUUUACUGAUAUACCACGUCCUGCUAACUCUGAAGCCAUACUACGCAAAGCCAUAUGAAAUUGUGGUGGACCUCACACAUGCUGGCCCCAGUAAUCGCUUUAAAACUGACUUUCUUUCUAAAUGGUUUGUAGUUUUUCCAGGCUUUGCUUAUGAAAAUGUCUCAGCAGUUUUUAUUUAUAACUGUAAUUCUUGGGUCAGAGAAUACACCAAAUACCACGAAAGACUCUUGACAGGUUUGAAAGGAAGCAAAAGGCUGAUUUUCAUAGACUCUCCAGGAAAGCUGGCGGAGCACAUUGAACAUGACCAGCAGAAACUUCCAGCAGCUACUUUAGCUUUGGAAGAGGACUUGAAAGUAUUUCACAAUGCCCUCAAGUUGGCUCACAAAGACACCAAAGUGUCUAUUAAAGUUGGAUCAACAGCUGUGCAGGUGACAUCAGCAGAACGAACGAGAGUCCUGGGACAGACGGUGUUUUUAAAUGACAUAUACUACGCCUCUGAGAUUGAGGAAAUAUGUCUUGUUGAUGAGAAUCAGUUUACAUUGACAAUUGCCAACCAGGGAACACCGCUCACCUUCAUGCAUCAGGAGUGUGAAGCUAUUGUGAGGUCCAUUAUUCACAUACGGACACGGUGGGAGCUGUCACAACCAGACUCCAUCCCACAGCACACUAAAAUUCGCCCUAAGGAUGUUCCUGGAACGCUGCUGAACAUAGCAUUGCUCAACUUGGGAAGCUCAGACCCCAGUUUGCGGUCUGCUGCCUAUAAUCUUCUGUGUGCCUUAACCUGUACCUUUAAUUUAAAGAUUGAGGGCCAGUUACUGGAAACUUCAGGUCUAUGUAUUCCUGCCAACAACACGCUCUUUAUUGUGUCCAUCAGUAAGACUCUUGCAGCUAAUGAGCCACACCUUACCUUAGAGUUCUUGGAAGAGUGUAUUUCAGGAUUUAGCAAAUCAAGUAUUGAACUGAAACAUCUCUGUCUGGAGUACAUGACUCCCUGGCUGUCCAAUCUGGUUCGGUUCUGCAAACACAACGACGACGCGAAGCGCCAGCGAGUCACUGCUAUUCUUGAUAAGCUUAUAACAAUGACAAUAAAUGAAAAACAGAUGUACCCUUCUAUUCAGGCUAAAAUAUGGGGAAGUCUUGGACAGAUUACAGAUCUUCUUGACGUAGUGCUGGACAGUUUCAUCAAAACUAGUGCCACAGGGGGCUUAGGAUCCAUUAAAGCUGAGGUUAUGGCAGACACAGCCGUAGCACUUGCUUCUGGAAAUGUAAAAUUGGUUUCAAGCAAAGUGAUUGGAAGGAUGUGCAAAAUAAUUGACAAGACUUGUCUGUCUCCAACUCCUACGCUGGAACAGCACCUGAUGUGGGAUGAUAUUGCCAUUCUAGCACGCUACAUGCUGAUGCUGUCCUUCAACAAUUCUCUGGAUGUGGCUGCACAUCUCCCCUACCUCUUUCAUGUGGUUACUUUGUUGGUGGCCACAGGACCCCUUUCUCUCAGAGCUUCCACUCAUGGUCUUGUCAUCAACAUCAUUCAUUCUCUGUGCACUUGCUCACAGCUUCAUUUUAGUGAGGAGACCAAGCAAGUUUUAAGACUGAGCUUGACUGAAUUUUCUCUGCCUAAAUUUUAUUUGCUGUUUGGAAUCAGCAAAGUGAAAUCAGCUGCAGUCAUAGCAUUCCGCUCCAGCUAUCGAGACAGGUCAUUUUCACCUGGCUCCUACGAGAGGGAGACUUUUGCACUGACCUCCUUGGAAACGGUUACUGAAGCUUUGCUGGAGAUCAUGGAGGCUUGUAUGAGAGAUAUUCCAACAUGCAAGUGGCUGGACCAGUGGACUGAACUAGCUCAAAAGUUUGCAUUCCAGUAUAAUCCAUCCCUGCAGCCAAGAGCACUUGUUGUCUUUGGCUGUAUAAGUAAGCGUGUCUCUCAUGGACAAAUAAAACAAAUAAUCCGAAUUCUCAGCAAGGGACUUGAGAGCUGUUUAAAAGGCCCUGAUAAUUACAAUAGCCAAGUUCUAAUAGAAGCAACAGUUAUAGCACUCACCAAACUGCAGCCUCUUCUUAACAAGGACUCUCCUAUGCACAAGGCCCUCUUCUGGGUAGCCAUGGCAGUACUGCAGUUGGAUGAAGUCAACCUGUACUCAGCAGGUACAGCACUGCUUGAACAGAAUCUGCAUACCUUGGAUAGCCUUCGAGUGUUCAAUGAUAAGAGCCCAGAGGAGGUGUUCAUGGAGAUCAGGAGACCACUUGAAUGGCACUGCAAACAGAUGGAUCAUUUUGUUGGGCUAAAUUUCAACUCCAAUUUCAACUUUGCACUAGUGGGGCACCUCUUGAAAGGGUACAGGCAUCCUUCACCUACUACUGUAGCAAGAACAGUCAGGAUUCUACAUACACUACUAGCUCUGGUUAACAAACACAGGAACUGUGACAAGUUCGAGGUGAACACCCAGAGCGUGGCUUACCUAGCAGCUUUGCUGACAGUGUCUGAGGAGGUUCGAAGUCGCUGCAGCCUAAAACAUAGGAAGUCUCUCUUGUUGACAGACGUCGCAAUGGAAAACGUGCCUAUGGAUACAUACCCCAUACAUCACAGUGACACUAGCUAUAGGACACUAAAGGAAAAUCAACCAUGGUCGUCACCAAAGGGUUCAGACAGACAUCUGGCUGCCAGUUACCCAACAGUGGGACAGAUAAGCCCUCGAACACGAAAGUCCAUGAGUUUGGAUAUGGGGCAGCCUUCGCAAGCGAACACUAAAAAGCUUCUAGGUACAAGGAAAAGUUUUGACCAUUUGAUAUCGGACACAAAGGCUCCUAAAAGGCAAGACAUGGAAUCUGGAAUCACAACGCCUCCCAAAAUGAGGAGAGUAGCCGAAAAUGAUUAUGAAAUGGAAACCCAGAGAAUAUCACCUCAGCAGCACCCCCAUCUCCGAAAAGUUUCUGUUUCUGAGUCAAAUGUUCUCCUGGAUGAAGAAGUUCUGACUGAUCCGAAAAUUCAAGCACUGCUGCUUACAGUUCUUGCAACGUUAGUGAAGUACACUACUGAUGAAUUUGACCAGCGGAUUCUGUAUGAGUAUUUAGCAGAAGCCAGUGUUGUCUUCCCAAAGGUCUUUCCUGUUGUGCAUAAUUUAUUGGAUUCCAAGAUCAACACCCUUUUGUCGUUGUGUCAAGAUCCAAAUUUGUUGAAUCCAAUUCAUGGCAUUGUUCAGAGUGUUGUCUACCAUGAGGAGUCUCCACCCCAAUACCAAACUUCUUAUCUACAAAGUUUUGGAUUUAAUGGGUUGUGGAGGUUUGCUGGCCCAUUUUCCAAGCAAACACAAAUUCCAGACUACGCUGAGCUCAUAGUGAAGUUUCUCGAUGCCUUGAUUGACACGUAUUUGCCUGGGAUUGAUGAGGAAACCAGUGAAGAAUCUCUCCUGACACCCACAUCUCCGUAUCCUCCCGCAGUGCAGAGCCAGCUUAGCAUUACUGCUAACCUUAACCUUUCCAAUUCCAUGACCUCGCUCGCAACUUCCCAGCACUCCCCAGGGAUCGACAAGGAGAACGUGGAGCUCUCGCCCACCGCUGGCCACACCAACAGCGGGAGGAUGCGCCACGGCUCUGCCAGCCAGGUGCAAAAGCAGCGAAGUGCUGGCAGCUUGAAACGUCACAGCAUUAAGAAGAUUGUGUGAAACUUGGGGUUGUUUUUUUUGUUUGAUCGUUUUUUUGGGUUUUUUUUUUUUUGGAAACUGACUGACGUACGUGGGCCUCUUGCAAAGGGCCCCCCACCAGUUGUGAUGCUGCACUUAAUUUUUCAAGUUCCCAUCCUGUCAGCCAUGUUGCCAGAUGAUCAACUCCUGAAACAUUGCCUCAAUUUUAAUGCCUUCUUACUUUUUUUCUGCUUUUGUUUUUUAUUUAAGCCAGUGUUUCAGAACCACUUGUAGACCCUGAAGGACUUCGUAGGCAAAGGAGAUGUGAGUUCUUCAACACUGCGGAACAUACCUUGUCCAAAAAUGAAAGCCAUUUCCCAUAGACGGUUCUACCUUGCUUCUGUGAUUCGCCUUGUUUAUUUCUUCUAUAAAGGAAAGUGUUAAUACUUAAUCCUGUUUGCACACUUCUCAAGGUAGUGGCUUUAUGAGCCAGGGGAAGUUACUAUCAUCCUGGUUUUGAUUCAAACCUGUAGGAUUUUUAGCUGUGGACUUUUUUUUACCGUGCUUAAAAGAAAGUUAACAAUAGCUGCAGUACAAUGAGCUUAGCCAGAAUUGAUUGAUUAGAUUAAAUUCCUAGUAAUCAGCAAUAAAUUGAGAGGACAAGGAGGCUUCAUGAGUCUCUUCAUUCCCCAGACCAUAGCUUCAAACACUUGGACUGUAUAUGGACCAGACUGGAUAAACUGUCUUUUUUCCAAAGGAGUUUUUUUUUUUUUUUUGCUGUACUUUAACUAGACUAUAAAAGGUUGUACAGUGAAAGACAAGGGACAUGGUAGAUGAGGGAAAAGCUGUUGAUGUAGUCUACCUAGACUUCAGCAAAGCUUUUGACACGGUCUCUCACAGGCUUCUUCUGGGGAAACUGGCUGCCCGUGGCCUGGACAGGUCUGCCCUGCUUUGUGUGAGGAACUGGCUGAGGGCUGUGCCCAAUGAGUAAUGAAUGGUCAAUGGAGUUCAGUCCAGCUGGAGACCGUUUCAAGUGGCGUCGUCCCGGAGUUGGUACUGUGGUACUGGGGCCCAUCUUGUUUAAUAUCUUUACUGAUGACCUAGAUGAGGGGAUCCUCAGUAGUUCUGCAGAUUACACCAAGUUGGGAGGUGGUGUCAAUCUGCCUGAGGGUAGGGAGGCCCUUCAGAGGGAUCUGGAUAAGCUGGAUCGCUGGGCUGAGGUGAAUGGGAUGGCCUUCAACAAGGCCAAGUGCUGGGUCCUGCAUUUUGGCCACAACAACCCCAUGCAGUGCUAUAGGCUUUGGGGCUGAGUGGCUGUGAGUGUGAAGAGGAAGGGAAAUGUGAGUGUUGGUUGAUGCUUGGCUGAACGUGAGCCAGCAGUGUGCCCAGGUGGCCAAGAGGGCCAGCAGCAUCCUGGCCUGCAUUAGAAACAGUGUGGCCAGGAGGAGCAGGGAGGUGAGCAUCCUCUGUACUCAGCUCUGGUGAGGCUGCACCUUGAGUACUGAGUUCAGUUUUGGGUCCCUCACUACAAAAAAGACAUUGAGGCCCUGGAGCAUGUCCAGAGAAGGGCAACAAAGCUGGUGAGGGGUCUGGAGCACAGGGCUGAUGAGGAGCAGCUGAGGGAGCUGGAGUGGUUCAGUCUGGAGAAGAGGAACUCAGGGGAGACCUCACUGCACCCUGCAACUUCCUGAAGGGAGGCUGUGGUGAGGAGGGUUUGGCCUCUUUUCCCAGGAAACAAACAGGACCCAAGGAAAUGGCCGCAAGUUGUACCAGAGGAGGUUUAGGUUGGACAUAAGGAAGAACAACUUCUCUCACAGAGUGGUCAGGCAGUGCAGUGGCUGCACAGGGAGGUGGUGCAGUCGCCGUUCCUGGCAGCGUUCAAGAGGCGCCUGGGCGAGGAGCUGCGAGAUGUGGUUUAGUGCUUGUGGUAGCAGUGAUGAUGGGAGGAUGGCUGGACUGGAUGAUCUUGCAGGUCAUUUCCAACCUUGAGAUUCUAUGAUUCUAAGAAAACUGUCAAGAACUGACUAUUAUGGUGUCACUAUAGCAGUGUUUAAAAUUUAUUGCUUCUUUCUUCCAUUUAACGUAUGCUUUAGUUUUGCCCUUCUAACAAUACACACUUUCAAGAAAUUCUUGGCAGAUAAACUGUUGGGAUACAGAGGGGAAAAUUUUAUUGAUUAACUUUCAGCUCUGGGAGGUUGUUUGGCAAAACUGCUUUUGUGCCGUCCAAGCAGUGAUAUAAAAACAGUAAUGUUUGCUCAAGGUACACAAAUUUAAAAGUAAGUGACGCUUUGUCAAAUCCAGGUUACGUUUGAAUGUUUGCAGUGCAAUUUCUGCUAUCAAUACAGACAUUUGCAAUCAAACUUCUCUUGCAGAACUUUGAAGGGGUUUUAGUUUGUAAGGGCUCCUACUUGGGGUUUAUAUGAAACUGAAAUUGCUAUCACUGUGAAAGACUUGCCAGCCACGGUAGUGCAUGAGCAAUGGGGACUGUGAUAAUAUGCUGCUAUGUUGCAUGACGUGUAAAGAUGUAGCACUGUGUGCUACAGACAUGACCUGCACGGACUGAAGAUGCGCAGAGCGUUGGGUCUGAGGUGGAUGGGCAUUCUGACAAAGGCCUGACAGCUCGUUGUAGGGCUAAGCAAAUCUACUGCUAAAGAACAGUUAAACUUCCUAGAUUCAGAUCUCUGUUGUAUGUUAGAAGUUAACAGCUUAUAAAUGGCUUUAGAAGGGGGGAAGAAAAGUAUAUCCUCUAUAUGAAAAAAAUAAAAUCCUCUAGUGCAAUUUUGUUAGUGGCUUUCAGUAAAUCAAACUCCACAGCUAAAUUAUUAGAGAAUGGUACAAUUAUAAGUGUUCAGAUUUUAUUGAUAUAGCACAUAAUUCACGUGUAUCCACACAGUAACAAUGUAACAUUUAUGUAAAUAAAUGCCUUUAUUGUAUUGAUUCAUAAAAUAACAAUUCUUCUAAUUUGUUUACAGUCCUGGAAGAACUAUGAACACAAGCUUAAUAUGCAAAUAGUUUGCCAAAACAGGAUGAAAAUGUAGAAUUAGCAAUCUUGAAAUAGAAUCGUUGGAAAAUAUGAAGACUUGUGCAAUUAACCACAUUUUUUUACUCUUGACUGUGUAGGAGCUGCAGUGGAAUCAUGAUCCCUGAACUGUUAGGUCUGUUGAAGGGUUACAAGGCUAGACUUAAAUUAAGGAACAGAGCAGUGACUUGUGCCAUGUUUUUCAGCUGCUAUGCAUUUGUAAUUUUGGGAGUCACUGAUUUAAAAACCUUUUUCAUCUCGUACAUCAAAUUGCUCAUAGCUUCGGUAUCGCUGUCGGUUUGCACCUGAUUAUACUGAACCAAGCUACUUCCAGCCCUUUCUGUUUUGCUGAAGACAAUGAAUUGUAGAAGCCUUUAGAGUUAUUCCCUCCAUAGGUGGGAGGAAAAAAGAAUCUCUUGUGAUUUACUGAUUCAAAAAGAUAAUGUUCAGUUGUUUCUCUGUGAGAAAAUUUUCUUUAAAAAUAAUUCCAGAUGAACUGCCAGCUCUGCUCUGUUUGGACCGAGUGCAUUUGAGAGCAACUCUUCUAAUAUUUUGCAUUGCCUCAAUAGAAAAUGCAUCAUGAAAGAAGAACUGAUGCAUUCUUACAGCUGUGAGUAUGGUGAAACCAAAAUUACCUUUUCAGUGAGAACCAGAAUUACUGUAAGCUCUCAGUCCUGACUGAAACAAAUGAUACAUUGAUAAAGCAAGUCAGCAAAAUUUAAUUUGUUCUAUUUCUUGGCAAGGAGUCAUUGAACGUUUUCACUCUGUAGUUCAGAGAGGUGACCCGAACUUUCAGAGCAGGGGUGUCAAACAUUUUAGGAAAAAAGAGCCGAACUUGAGUGUAACUGUAGACACAGAACCGUGGAAAGGUUUGGACAGAAGGGGCCUUAAAGCUCACGUUGCAGCCUCUGCCAGCACCUCCCAGCAGCACAGGCUGCCCAGGGCCCACCAGCCCUGCCUGCAGCACCUCCAGGCACGGAACACCCCCAGCUGCUCCGGGCAGCCUGUGCCAAGGCCUCACCACCCUCACCGUGAGCAGUUUUUUCCUUUUACCUGCUCUAAGUCUAUCCUUUUAGUUUGAAGCCCUCGCGCUCCCUGACAGCCCUUUCCUGCAGCCCCCGAGGACCGCAGUGAGGUCUUCCAGAGCCUUCUCCAGGCUGAACAGCCCAACUCCCUCAGCCUGUCUCCAUAGGAGAGCUGCUUCAGCCCUCUGAGCAUCCUCCUGGCCUCUUCUGGACUUGCUCCAGCAGGUCCAUAUCUGCCUUCGGGGAGCCCAGACAUGAAUGCAGUACUCUAGGUGGCCACAGUCUACAGCAAAGAUGUAAUUCAGGGCUGUGUUUGUCCCGGUACACAGCAGCACCAGGGUUUAGGACGUUUGUGCUUAGAUCAAGGGGGAAAACGCCUUCCUUUCAUUCGUAAACUUUGAUUAGUAUAUGGUUGGUCAGUGCCUUACUGUCAUCCAUCACCAUGAGAACCUGCUCCCUGUAAUAGCCGUUGCUAUUGCUUCACUUUUUUGUUUUCUUUCUCACAUCCUUCCUUAUUUGCUCCCUUUUCCUGUUUUGCAUAUUCUGUGUCCUGCUCUGUUUCGUUCCUGUGAGCACCGCUCUCCGUUUCUAAUCCAGCCUCUGUCCCUCUCCUCAUCCUGUCAUUCCAUUGAUGCUAGUGAGCAGCAGUCAGUUGCUGGUGACAGUGCUUCAAGAUCAGGCUUGAAACCUGAUGUAAGUGGGAGACUCCCAGGUUCAGACCUUCCAGCCACUGUUUCAGGCGGCGCUCAGCACCGCACGGGCUGCCCUCCCCAUGGUCUGAGGAUCAGCUCUGCAGCCGUGCAGUCUGUGUACUUCAGAAUGAAAACUUAAAUUCAGAAAAAUCUGAUUGUAACACGUGGACCACGUAGCGACACUGUGGGGACUGUAUGUUUGACACCCCUGUUUCAGAACACGCCAUCCAUUACGUACUAACUACAGUUAAGUACUGUAAAGAUGAUUAACAUUUUGUGUUUGUAUUUUCCCUGACUUAAAGAUAAUUCAGUAGUAUUUGAAUAGUACAUAACCUACCUGUUAAUUAUGCCAAUGUUUCUGCUUUAAUGUGCAUGAAGUUUCCAGGAAUAGGAAACCUUUCAAAUAAGUAUUGUGGACUGAGCACUUGGGAGCAUUCCAGUGCUCUCUUCCUAAAUGGGUUGUAGGUUUUAGGGCUUUUUCUGUUUCAUCCUAAGUUUAAUUUUUACAAAUGUAAUGAAGCACGUCUUACUGUUAUGCAACAAACUUACCACAGAAAGUCACUUUUAGUGUUGGUCCCACCAUUUUUUUUAAUGCAGUAUAUUCACCUGUAAAUAUUUUUUGUGUAAAAUUUGACAGAAAAGUAUAUUUACUACACUGUAAAUACAUGUGACAAUAUAUUGUAUUAUUUUGCUUUUUUUGUAAAGCAGUUAGUUGCUGUAUAUGUAUAACAUACAAAUUUGACUAUUCUAGUGUUAGUAAUUGUUAACUACUACUUCUCCUUCCUGCUGUUGCGUUACGUCAUUUAAAAACAAAGCUGUGUACUAUAAACUUACACUGUGUAUGAUAUCUUACUCUUUCCACUCGGGCCUCACCUUUGAAAAUGUUCCCUCGAUACAAACAGUCCUGUUCCUGUGCUCAGCAAGUGUGGCAGGGCGGGCAGAGCCCUGCAGCCUCAGACACAGCUGGUAAGCUUAGGCAGAAGUGGUAGAAGCCUGGUUUCAGGUAACUGUUGUUCCUCCCAUCUGCUCCUCAUGUACUUUGCCUUUUUUUGAAGUAAAAUGUAAAUUCAACCUGC